GUGUUGAUUGUUGAUAGUUGCUAAAUCUAAAAUCAAAAUCAGUAAAUCACAAUUAAUAAUUAUAUUGCUUCGGAUUGCUACAAAUGGACGAUUUAGUAAAAACUUAAAAAUGAAGUACUUGUUCGGUGCUUUGAAACCUCACACUCCAGUACGUAAUUGUCGUAAUCAACAAAUUUGAGUUCUUUAGAAAAAUUAAAGUGCUGGGUUCUAUAGAUACCUAUAUAAAUCCGUUCACUCAGCUUUGAAUCUUCGUAAAAAUGUAAAUAUUAGUUAAUUGUAAGUUAAUGAUUAACAAUAUAAAUAUUAUUAUUGUACACAAUUUUAACGAUUAAUAUAACUAUGUUUGUGGAUUUAAAUCGGAUUCUCACUAAAUUUCCUACUAAACACUUGGUGUACUGCUUUGCUUAUGGAUCUGGUGUAUUUCAACAGGCUGGUCGUACGGAUCGUGCAAUGGUGGACCUAAUAUUUGUUGUAAACAAUACACACGACUUUCAUCGAGAGAAUUUAACAAUUAAUCCAGAUCAUUAUUCAUCGAUUCGUUACUUAGGAGCAUCGGUCUUAUCAAGUGUUCAAACUUCAUUUGGUGCUAAUGUAUAUUUUAAUACACAUAUCACAGUAGACAACUUAAUGUUCAAAUAUGGCAUUAUAGAUGUUAAAGAUUUUCGUCAAGAUUUACAGUCAUGGUACACACUUUACAUAGCUGGUCGGCUUCACAAGCCCGUGUUAAUGUUGCGUGAUGAAGGAUUAAGUGAUUUGGUUAUGCAUAAUCUAAGAAGUGCUGUGCAUGCUGCAUUACUUCAGUUACCUGAACAAUUUUCCGAAAUAGACUUAUAUACUGCCAUUGCAGGUCUAUCGUAUCGAGGAGAUUUCCGUAUGAUUAUUGGUGAGGACAAGAACAAAGUGGCUAACAUUGUACAACCUCAAAUAGAAAAAUUCAGGACAUUAUAUACACCAGUUUUUAAAUCAAUGAGCGAUAGGCUCUCUAUAAAUUCAUUUGUAGAACAAGACAAGAGUUCACAGAGCAAAUUGUAUCAUUUACAAAGGUUACCACAAAAUUUAAAGAAUAUUUUAUUCAGAUCUUAUAAGAACAAAUUGAAUAAUGAUAGAAUAUUAGAAGAUUUAGCAAAACAAGAUGAUGUUAGUAAAAUUGUGCGCAAUGGUAUUUGUAGAAUAGUUUUUUAUUCUAGUCUUAUGCAAAGUAUAAAAGGAAUACCAACGGCCGGCUUACUAAAGUCUGUUGUCUAUAGCUACAGCAAAUUAAAUAAAAUGGUUAAAUCUAUGUUUUUAUAACUAAUUUGAUUACCAAGAAAUAUAGUAUUGUUAUGUUAUUAUAUAAUUGUAUUUUUGUUUUGUAUUAGGUAACUGAAAUUAAACUUUAUAUUAUUGAUAUUAAACAAAAUUGUACACUUAUUAUUUAUUUAUUUAUUCAUCAAAUUGUUUUUCCUUGUGUUCAUACAUAUUAUAACAAUUUAAGAUAGAUAUUUUUAUUUAUGUAACUACAAAUAAUAAUAAUAAUAAGUAUGAUAUAAUGAAAGACAAUAAUGUGUUAUGUAUUGUUAUAAAUGUAUAACUUCAAAUAAUUUAGCUACCUACCUACUUACACAUAUAAUUUUAUUAAAUUAUAAUAUCCAAUACCCGUAAUUAUCUUAAUAUGAACUUUUUAAUGCCAAACAAUCAUUAAACAAUUAAUGAAUCAAUGGUGAAGUAUUGGUACCUUAAACAUGAUUUAGUUGGUCCAUUCAAUUUUAGUGAACCAUUAAAUUAAUCGAUUUUUUCUACACAACACAUCAUACUUUUUUAAAAGUAAAACAAAAUUUAAUUUUUUUUAACUCAGGGUAUUUUUAUUUAAUUGAAGACAUUUAGACAUAAUAAUAAUU